GCUUGCGACGGGGAAAAUGGUUGCCGGCUGGGAAGCGUGAGUCGGUGGCUAACUCCACUCGGCGGGGGGAAGCAACAAUGAGUGCCUCAACACCGCAGUCUGCUGGCUUUAAAGGAAAUGCCUCUUUCGACAGUAUGUUUGUGUCCCCUGGCACUAGGCGACAGCCUCUUAGUGCCUCAGGCACCCCUGUGCUUCAAAACUGCCCUGGGAAUGAUGAUGAGCAAGAGAGGAAGCAGCGUCGGCGCUCCAGAGUGGUUGACUUGCAGUUUAGCACCGAGUCGCCUCUGUUUAUAAAGUCCCCGUCCAACAAGCAAGCAGAAACAUCAUUGCCAGCACUUCCACAAUUGUCAAAUACUCAAAUUGCAGAUCAUUAUUCCACGUGCAUCAAACUUUCAACAGAAAAUAAAAUCACCACGAAGAAUGUAUUUGGUUUGCACCUUAUCGACUACAUGACAGAAAUACUCAAACAAAAGGACUCUGAACCCACCAACUUUAAGGUAGCAGCUGGUACCCUGGAUGCCAGUGCAAAGAUCUAUGCAGCAAAAGUUGAUGCUGUCCAUGCAGAUGUUUACAGAGUUCUUGGAGGGCUGGGCAAACAUUCUGCAUCUGCAGAGCCUGUGGAUGGUCAGGAUACAGGUGGAGGGGUUGUGGAUUCUGAGAGUUCCAAAACACAUCUGAGCAAGAGGAAGCACCAGUACAAAACUAUUGAACGGAAUCUGAAUAACAUUAAUAUCUCCGAUGAAGAUCAUAGGUGUGAGGUUGAUCCCAUGUUCCAGAGAACAGCAGCCUCCUUUGAUGAGUGCAGUACGGCUGGUGUUUUCCUCACUAUGCUUCAUGUACACAGCUUUCUCAGUGAAGUUCUGUUUGAUUCCAUGGUCAUCCCCCUGCCUUCUUCUACGACUGCUGAGUUGCCAACAUCUUCUCAUGUGAAAGUGACAGGCUUAAAGUCCAUCCUUCUGCAGUGUGCUGAAAAGCGCCCCAUCUGCCCUUCAUUGGCUGGCUUCUUAUUUACCCAGUGGGACAGUGAAACCCAUAAUGAGUCAGUGACUGCUUUGUUGGAUAAAUUUAAGAAGAGUGACCAGGCAUUUGACAUCAAUGCAGAGACUGAUAGUUACCCUGGAGACUAUUCUGAGGACCUAGCAGAGAACGAUUUUGAUGCUGACAUCCCGGACAAGACGGUUGAGAAGGACCUUGGGGAGUUCUCCAAAAAGCUGGAGUCAUUUAGACUAACACCAGGAAUGUUGAGAAAAGAAGUGGUUUCCCUGGGGGAAGGAGAUGUCAGGUCCAUGUCGUUUCAUUUGUCCCUGAAGCCCAGCGAAUAUUCUUACUUCAGCCCCCGAACCAUGUCCAUGUGGGCAGGCCCAGAGCACUGGCGGUUCAAGCCUCACCAUAAAGGUGAUGCUAACCCUGAGAAAGCAAACAAAAGAAAGGCUGCAAAAAAAGUAUUUGAGAUAAACUUUGAAGAUGAUAUUGAUUUUGAGCCUUACUUCUGCCAAACAAGGGCAGCUACUACUCUGUCCAAGUCAACCCUUGAAAGUCAAAACAAGAAAAGCAAAACUCUUCCUGCAGACUUCCACUAUGAUCCAGACAACCUCACCCGCCUCUUCCUUAAGCCAGCAAAUAGGCUGUCGAAGGUGCCACUGCAGGGUGACUUGUCCAGUUGCGACAGUGAGGUCAAAGAAUAUGAUUACAACAACCCCAAUGACACCUCCAAUUUCUGUCCUGCAUUGCAGGAUGGUGACAGUGAUGACGACGACGACGUUCCUGUGGACUUCAUGGGCCAGAAUGGGAUGUUUGAAAUGACAGCCUAUCCUGCAGGAGAGGCAGGCCAGGAGAGAGAGCUCAAUGGAGGCAUCAACAUCACCACCUAUGGGGAAUUGAACCUGCUGGCUGAGCCACAGAAGGUGAACAAGAUUGAUAUUCAGUAUGCAAAGACUGCCAAAAAGAUGGAUAUGAAAAGGCUGAAGCAGGGCAUGUGGUUGCUCCUGACGGAUACCCAGACAAAUCAAACUGAGCAAGAGAAUGAAGUCAUGGAGAAAGAUGCUAACUCUUCAGUCGUAUCUGGCCAGAAAGUCUUCAGCGGCGUUAUCAAGGAUCUGUGUCACAGACUGCCUUCCACGAUGGCAAAGAACUUGUCUGCACCACUGGCAUUUGCUUGCCUCCUGCAUCUGGCAAAUGAAAAGAACCUGAAGCUAGAAGGUGUGGAAGACUUGUCUGAAGUCUUAGUGCUGCAAGGAGAUUAAUGUGUGCCACUGGGGCAGAAUAAGAAAAUCUUGGACAACCUAGGAUGGAAUUUAUAUCUAACACACAAACACACAACCCUCAUAGACUGAGGAGGCCAACAGCAGCAUCAGUACGUGUUCUUGAUUUAAAAAUUUGUGAUUCCAAGACUUGAAACUAUGGGAAGUCAGGAAAAGAGUGCCAUUAGUGUUUUAAUUCUCUUCUGAAUUCUGCAACUUCCCUCUCCCACUGUCUGAUUGCGAUCACAGCUAAGAACUGCCAGAUGUAUUCAGUUCGCUUUAUUUUAACAUGAGUAUUUAAUUCCUGUACAUAUAAAAACUCCUAUGUGUCUUUUUGCUCUCU